AUGGGGAAACCCCGCAUGAUAAUAUUGGUCCGCCAUGCCCAGUCCGAGGGAAACAAGAACCGCGACAUUCACCAGUUCAUACCUGACCACCGCGUGAAACUGACCCCGCAUGGCGUCACCCAGGCCGAAGAAGCAGGCCGACAGCUCCGCUCCAUGCUGAAGCCCGACGAUACCAUCCAGUUCUUCACGUCUCCCUACCGUCGAACACGUGAAACCACCGAGGGCAUACUGCGAACUCUCACCGGCGAUGAUCCGGCACCCUCCCCCUUCCACCGAAACAAGAUCAAGGUCUUCGAGGAGCCGCGUCUACGCGAGCAGGAUUUCGGAAACUUCCAGCCAUGUUCAGCAGAAAUGGAGCGCAUGUGGCAGGAGAGGGCCGACUACGGCCACUUCUUCUACCGCAUACCGGACGGCGAGAGUGCUGCCGAUGCAUACGACCGAGUCAGUGGCUUCAACGAGAGCUUGUGGAGACAAUUCGGUGACGAGGACUUCCCCAGCGUGUGCGUGCUGGUCACGCAUGGCUUGAUGACGAGAGUCUUCCUCAUGAAAUGGUACCACUGGUCCGUCGAGUACUUUGAAGAUCUCCGCAAUGUCAACCACUGCGAAUUUAUGAUUAUGAAGCGAAGUGAAAACAACGGCAAAUUCAUUCUACAAAAUGAGCUGCGAACCUGGUCUGAGCUGAAGCGACGCACAGCCGCCAACGGACCUUCUAGCACAACAACCACGCCAAUCAGACCGACGCCAGUCAGUGCAGGGCAACUGAACUCCUCGCCAACAAUACCAGUGCGAAGAUGGGGUGGGUGCGUCAAUGGCUGCAACCACGACCGCCAGAACUGGCCAAAGAGACCAAUGCGCAAGAACACUAUGGAGUACCUCGGUGGGAAGGAGCACCAGCUGCCACCGCCAGCAUCAUCGUUGGAGCCGUUAGAGAGCGAGCAGGAGGAUCACCCUGCUCCCGCGCAAGAUAGCACUCCAAUCAUCGAAGAGCCUUCUCCAGCGAAGCUGUUGAGGAAGCAGAGCACCAAGGCUACACACCAUCUCGAUCUACCGCCAACACCUGCAUCACCCAACGACGCCUCCAACGAUGCAUCGAGCAGCGAGCAAGAAGAACCUGCUACAUCCGUACCACGCAAUCACCAGCAUCCGAUACCACGAACCGCAGCCAUUGUGCGACACCUACAGCCCCCUCAGCGGAGCACGGAGGGCUUCUCUGAUGAUUCCGACUACUUCCCUGGCAUGCAACAUCUCCACACACACAGAUCUAAACUGCGCGCAUCUUCAAAGCAACGCCAAGAAUCAAAGGAGCGCAAACUCGCUCGAAGACAGACGGAACAGAGCUGGAAGGAAGAAAGCGGCAUGUGCAAUGGCGCCAAGACUGAUAGAUUGGGAGACAACGAUGGAACAAGCGACGAUGCAGCACUUCCGACAGGAGAAACGAAGAGCAUGGAAGGACCGAUCCUAAAGGAAGCUCUCAAGGGGGAUAUGGUCGUUGAGCAAAGUGAAGAGGAGAGGGAGAGGAGUGACGAGGAGUUGCAGGCUGAGAAGAAGCUUGGGGAGGCCGAAAUCGAGAAGAUGCAGGAUGCAGAGAGGAAGAACUUUAGCGAUGUGUACUGA